GCGCCCAUAAGCACAGCCACCGAACUAAGACGUCUUACUGGACGCCUGAAAUCACAACUUUGAGGCUUGCAGAUGGUCGGCUCUUGUGACUACGCGGCUGAGCUGGUAUCAAGGCGGCCUGCGCCAUUUUUCCCCGUCAACAAUUCAGGCCUCUCUCUCAGAAAAAUCGAAUCAACCCUUUGAUACGGAGCGCGUAGCAGUGGCCCACAAGAGCGACAACGUCCUUCAUACUGCAAUUGCACAAUACAUGCUAGCAUGGCGGACGACAGACCGCUCUGUUUGCUCGCCCUUGACGGCGGGGGGAUCCGCGGGCUCUCGGAACUCUUGGUCCUUGAGGAGAUUAUGAAUCGGAUCAAAUAUGAUCUCGAUGAAGACGAUGAUCUUCUGCCGGCGGACUUUUUUGAUCUUAUCGGCGGCACAUCUACAGGAGGUUUGAUUGCGCUAUUGCUAGGACGUUUGCGUCGAUCGGUACCGCAGGCUAGGAAAGAAUACGUCCGUCUUGCGGAGGAGGUGUUCUCCCUUCCGAGAUACCUAAAGAAAGAUACCUUUGAUGGCCAGAAGCUUGAAGAAGUGGUCAAGCGACUUCUGGGGGACGGUCGGGCCGAGGAGAAAAUGCUAGAGAAAGACGGCACCUGCAAAGUAUUCGUCUGCGCCGUGCCGCAACAUGAUGUCAGAGCCCGAGCAGGACCCAGACUGUUCAGGACAUAUAGAGUGCGCGAGAAUGCCUCGUUCAACUGCAAGAUCUGGGAAGCCUGUCGCGCGACUUCCGCGGCACCUUCGUAUUUCGAACCUAUCAACAUCGGCGACGAGGGCGAACAAGAGACAUUCGUGGACGGCGGCCUCGGAUAUAAUAAUCCUGUUGAGCAGCUGCUCGAGGAGGCGAGACGUGUCUUUCCCGGACGGAAGGUCGCCUGCGUCGUUAGCAUCGGAACCGGCGUCGCCAAUGUCAUCACAUUUCCCGAGUCGCCAAAGUCGAGCCCGCUCAAGCUGAUCAAAGCACUCAAGAAAAUGGUAACUGAGUCAGACACAACAGCAGAGAAGAUCCACGGACGGUUUCGAGACGUUCAGGACACGUAUUUCCGCUUCAGCGUUGAUCGUGGCCUCCAAGGCAUUGGACUCGAAGAGUGGAAGGAAUUGUCCAAGGUCCGUACGUUUACAACCGAAUACAUCAACCAGCAAGUAGUUUCAGAGCAACUCAACAAGGUGGUUAAGGCUUUGCUGGCGUCUAAGAUUGACAACACAGAAGCCUCAACCGCACUGAUUCGACUUCCUCAGCCUACUUCGGGCAACAUCGGAAGUUCCCAGGAGCCUCGGACGCUACAAUGGCGAAUGGCUAAGGGGACUUCUCUCCCUAGCUUUCUCAGCACUACGGAACAGCUCGCAUCUCAUAUCGUGGUGUCUGUACGCAAAAACCACUGGGUUGUUCCACUUAGUCACAACGACUACUUUGUCGGACGCGGCAAAGAAAUUUCACAACUGCUUGCCAAAAUAUCCCCAGGGCGUAAUACAAGCAACUGUCAGAAAGCUGUGCUCGAGGGCUUGGGGGGCAUCGGCAAGACGCAGAUGGCUCUAGAGGCCGCGUUCCAGUUCAGGCAAAAGUACCAGGACUGCUCUGUCUUUUGGGUACCAACUAUGGAUCUUGCCACCUUUGAGAAUGCCUAUCGCAACAUCGGCCGAAAACUCCUGGUUUCCGGGAUCGACAACGACGAAGCAGAUGUCAAGACACUUGUCAAGGCCGCACUGAACCACGAAGACGUAGGCAGCUGGCUCUUGGUUGUCGACAACGCCGAUGAUUCAGAUCUUCUCUUUGGCCAUACAAAUCUAGCUGACUAUCUUCCAUCUGGCCCUCAUGGCUCUAUUCUAUUCACGACUCGGAAUCAUGAUGUUGUAAUGAAGCUUGGUGUCUCACAUAUGGAUGUCAUUGCCGUCGGAGAAAUGAACCAAGACGAAUCUCUGGCACUUUUGAAGACUCACCUCAAAGAAGAUCAGCUGGGCGACACCGAGAGCACAACAAAGCUGCUUGAAUUUCUUACGCAUCUGCCACUCGCGAUAAGGCAGGCAUCUGCAUACAUGGCGAGAAAUCGGAUAUCAACUACGGAGUAUUUAAGCCUUUGUCAGGCCAGUGACGAGGAUACGAUCGAUCUGCUUAGCAGGUGUUUUGAGGAUCUACGUCCCCAUGAGGACAGACAAAACCCAGUUGCCACCACUUGGUUGAUUUCGUUCCAGCACAUUGUACGCCACCACCCUCUGGCGGGAGAUUACCUGAGAUUCAUGUGCUUCCUGGUCGAGAAGGACAUUCCACUGUCUUUAUUACCGCUAUCAGCACGUAGAACAGAGACAGUGGAAGCGAUCGGCACUCUGAAGGCAUACGCAUUUGUCACUCAGCGGGAGGGGCAGGAUGCCUACGAUAUUCACCGGUUGGUUCGACUGUCGAUGUUGAAUUGGCUGAAGCAAAAAGGAGAGCAUACAGAAUGGGCUACGAAGGUGAUGCGCCGGCUUGAGAAUGUCUUUCCCUACCCCAAGCAUGACAACAAAGACGAAUGGAUGCGAUAUCUUCCCCAUGCAUUGAGAGUUUUAGAGUCGGGAAGUGUUUCACCAAAUGAUGACGGAAAGAGAAGACUUCGUCACAAUGUGGCCUGCAGCAAUUAUUUGCUCGGAAACUACAAAACGGCUGAGCAGCUAUUCCGACUGACAUUCAUGCUACUACUGGGUGAACCAUUAGAGGUAAAUAAUUUCACACUCAGCACCAUGGCGAGUCUUGCACAUGUGCUUUGCAGACAAGGCGAUUAUGGAGGGGCCGAGCAGCUAUACCAGCAGGCAUUAGCACUACAGGCGACGGUGUUUGGCAAGGAUGAUCCUGUGACGCUGAAUAUCAUGGAAGGCAUUGCAGAUGUACUUGACCAUCGAGGCAGCUAUCAGGAGGCUGGGAAGUUGUACCAGGAGAUAUUGGUACUACGGACGAAGGCAUUGGGUACAGAACAUCCAGAAACACUCAUUGCAAUGCACAAUAUUGCAAAUACACGUCUCAACCAAGGUAGCUAUGGGGAAUCAGAGCGGUUAUAUCGACAGACACUGGCACUAAGCAUGAAAGUGUUGGGUAUAGAGCAUCAUCGCACAAUCGAUACAAUGAUAGGCCUCGCAUCUGUACUUCAAAAACAAGGCAGCUACGAGGAGGCGGAGCAGUUAUCUCAGCAGACACUGGUACUACAGACGAAGGCAUUGGGCGCAGACCAUCCAGAGACACUCAAUGCAAUGCAGAAUCUUGCAAAUUCACGUUUCACACAAGGCAGCUAUGGGGAAGCAGAGCGGUUAUAUCGACAGACACUCGCACUACGAACAAAAGUAUUGGGCGCGGAACAUCCCCAUACACUCGAUACAAUGCGAGGCAUUUCGAAUAUACUUCUCCUUCAAGGCAGUUAUGAUGAAGCUCAGCAGGGAUACCGGCAGAUACUAGCGCUGCAAGUGAAGGCUUUGGAUGCAGAAAAUCCUAAUGCACUCAUCACAAUGAGUUGCCUGGCAGAAGCAUUGUACAAGCAAGAGAGCUUCACAAAGGCCGAGGAGUUGUACCAACAGACACUGGCACUGCAAACAAAGAUAUUAGGCGCAGAGCAUCCUGACACGCUCCACACAGUUCAUCGACUUGGACUAGUGCGUCGAGACCAAGGGAAUCAUAAGAAGAACGACCCACGAGGAAAGGGUAGAGUCGACGACCUGCCCGCCCGAUGACGUUUUCAUCUCGCAGCGAGAACAUCCAGAAAAUACACGGCCCUCGGAUUCAUCAAAAUGAACAUCAGUGACGGAAAAACUUGGGAAUGAUGAAUGUAUAUGAGACCCGAAGCGAAGGUGUGCGGCAAAUCGUUGGUUUAUUA